AUGAUGAAGAAGGUAAUUUACAACAAACCUUUGAACAGCAAGAAUCUUGUUUAUUUCUGGACACUCAUUUCCAUUAAAGGUUUUUCCCAGCCUAGCAUGAGGACUACCACAAUCAGCUAUCCUGAAUCAUCUGGACAAAAUAUGAAAUUCAUUGGUUUAAAUGUUUCCUUCUUCAUUCUUUCCACUCUCACUGCUUUUUGGAAUGCAGGAGCUCAAGACUCUUGUGCACACCAAUGUGGGGAGCUGCUUGGUACCUGUUCUUGCCAGGUGACAUGCCAGUCCUUGGGGAUAUGCUGUCCUGAUUAUAAAGAAUUUUGUCUUCAAAUUUCUCCAUACUCAGGAUCUCUUUUGGGAGGCAAAGACUUUUUGAUUAACAACACAGCAUUUGAUGCCUCUUCUGUGGUAAAAUGCAGGUUCAAGAAGAAAAUCAUAACCAGUGGCUAUAUUGACAAGGAUGGAAAAGCCCACUGCAUCUCCCCAUUGCUUUAUGAGACUGGUUUCAUCCCUUUUGAAGUUUCUACAGAUGAUGGGUUAACAUUUCCCUACUCUGGAACUUGGUUAUCAGUACAUCACAGCAAAGUUUCAGGUGAAGAAAAAUGCACAUUGGUAAAUGAGACAAAAUGGCAAUACUAUGGCACCCCCAACACUGGUGGAAACUUAACGCUUACCUGGACACACCAGACACUUGCAGCCACCCAGGUCAAUAUAGAAGUCUGGGGAUACCAGGAAACAGGUGACAGUUAUUCAGAAAACUGGAUGGCUGAAUGGAAAUACCUUUAUACUUUGGCAAGAGAAAUCCCCAAUACAGGGAAAUAUUCUUUCAUUCCUGUACCUGCCAAAGGAAAUUACAGUACAUGGGACUAUGGAAUUUUGAGAAUUAUACCCAACAACUAUUCUGAUGGGCAGAGCAACAUUCCAUCCAUCUGGAGCUCAGACCAUGCACUGGCUUGGCACCUUGAGAAAGACUUCAGAAAUGACCCAAAUGCAUGGGCAACUGCAAAAUGUAUUGAAUGGGACAGAAAGGAAGAGUUGCUGCCAAACUUCAUGGAAGAAAUUAUAGACUGCCCUUGCACCUUGGCACAGGCAAGAGCUGACACUGGCAGGUUCCAUACAGAUUAUGGCUGUGACAUUGAAAAGGGGAGCGUGUGUACUUAUCAUCCUGGUGCUGUGCAUUGUGUAAGAGCCAUUCAAGCCAGUCCCAAGUAUGGGGCUGGACAGCAGUGCUGCUAUGGCUCCACGGGAACCCAAAUCCUCACGCACGACUCCACCGGAGGCAGCACACCUGAUCGAGGACACGACUGGGGUUCACCACCUUUCUUGAAGCCUCCCCGGAUACCUGGCUUUUCCCAUUGGCUUUAUGAUGUUAUCAGCUUCUAUUACUGCUGCCUGUGGGCUGAUAAUUGCGACGUCUAUAUGAAAAGGCGGCCCUCUAGUGACUGCAGGACGUACCGCCCGCCCCGAGCUGCAUCUGCUUUUGGGGAUCCCCAUUUCCUUACAUUUGAUGGUCUGAACUUCACCUUCAAUGGCCUAGGAGAAUACACAUUGGUGGAGUCUGAUCUCACAUCCCUGAGAGUGCAAGGGAGGACACAGCAGGCACACUUUUCCAAUGGAACUGGGGCUCAGGGGACAGGCUUGUCUGCAGUGGCCAUGCAGGAGAACAGCUCUGAUGUGAUUGAAGUGCGCUACUCGGAGGAUUUGCAUCUGGAGGUCCUCUUGAACCAGAGGGUUCUCAGCUUCUCUGAACAAACUUGGAUGGACUUGAAAGGUCUCUUUCUCUAUUCUACACCUGAUCAGAACAUCACAGUGAUGUUCUCUUCUGGGUCUGGAGUGGAAAUAAGGGGAAGUGGAGGAUUUCUGACCCUGACAAUUCUGCUCCCAGAGAAGUUUAUGAAUCACACAUGGGGUCUCUUUGGGGUAAUGAAUGGCAAUCCAGAGGAUGACUACACCUUCAAGAAUAAAACCACCAUGUCAGUUCAUGCAAGUCCCCAGCAGGUGUUUGAGUUUGGAGCUAGCUGGGCUAUUAAAAAUGGAACCUCUCUCUUUACUUAUGACACGGAGUUCUUACUGGACAGUUUCUUUUAUGGGGAUAAGCACAAUGCUUCUUUUCUGCCCGUGUUCUCCCCUCAUGAAGACCCUGCUGAUCCCCUGCUAGAAGAGAUGGUCUCACGCUGUGGCUCUGACCCAUUCUGCAGAUUCGACGUCCUGACAACAAGAAGCCUCCAAGUGGGAAGUUCCACAAGACUUUCCCAUCAGAAUCACAAGCUGCUGGUAGAACAUCUAGAGCCAGUGAUUUCUUGUGGCUGGCUGGAUCACCCAACCAAUGGAAGUAAGAAUGCUACUAACUACCUGCUGGGCUCAACCAUCAGUUUCACCUGCAAUGAGGGCUUUGAACUCACAGGGUCACAGGAAAGAACUUGCCAAGUGUCAGGAGUCUGGUCAGGAGACACACCCCAGUGCAGCCCAGUAACAGUUAUCAAACAAGUAAUUGUUAUUGGCAGUAUAUUUGGAAUAGUCGGCCUUGCAGUCUUGGGACGUCUGGGUUAUUUAUGCAGAAAGGAGAGCGUCCACAGGUAAUAGAAUGCCAGAUAGAAUGGAAUCAAAAUUGAGUGAACAGAAACAAAAUGGGGUUACAGCCCUUGGAAAGAAGAUUGUAUGUGUGAGGAAGAACUAAAUACUUCUGAACUUGUCACCAAAAAACAACAACAAAAAAAGCCAGCACCAAGCUAACAGAACACUACUAUUGUUUUUCAGUAUUCUAUCAGCUUAAAAAUGCUACAUUCACUAGGAAUUCAGCUCAAAGAAAUAAGAAAGUGGCAUAGUAUGCUGUGAUAUUAAAAUCUAUGUGUAAAGCCA